CAAAUCUUGAACUCGACGUCGCAACAAUGUCGACACCAAGCGCACAAGAGCUGAUGAGGCGCAAGACGCUUCAAGUCGGCCCAGAGACUGUCAUGAACCAGCAGUCGACCGACUUUCCGGGACAUUGGCCGGGCGAGAACCACGAGUGGGACCUGGAUUACUUCAAAGAGAACUUCAAUGUCACUUUUCACAGCCAUAGCCCCAACGACACACAAUUCUCUCUCACGUGCAUUGACACCUCGGUGGCCAACGCGUUCCGCCGCAUACUCCUCGCCGAGAUCCCUACGCUUGCCAUAGAAGACGUCUUUAUUUACCAAAACACGUCCAUUAUCCAGGACGAAGUGCUGGCCCACCGCCUGGGCCUGAUUCCCUUGUGCGGCGAUCGCGAGGGCUUGCGCUGGAUGAAAUGGUACUCCAAGCCCACGGAAGAGAACCCGGGCUCGGGCGCACCGACCGACUACAACACUGUGGUACUGAGGCUGGAAGUCGAGUGUAAAUGGCAAGAGGGAGGUCUGCAACGAGCAGUCGCGGGCGAAACGGACCCCGACAAGCUCUACGUGGGCCACAACGUUUACGCCAAAGACAUAGUGUUUAAGCCCACCGGCCGCCAAUUCGAUAUCUUCUCCCCUGAGGAAGGAAAGGAAAUCCGCUCUACCAACCCCGACAUCCUGAUUUGCAAGAUGAGGCCCGGCCAGAGCAUAAACCUGAGCAUGCACGCCAUCAAGGGAAUCGGACAGGACCACGCAAAGUUUUCGCCGGUAGCAACGGCUUCAUACCGCCUCAUGCCUACAAUCGACAUCACCAAGCCUAUUAUCGGUGCCGACGCCAAGAAAUUCGCGCGCUGCUUUCCCCGCGGCGUGAUUCGCCUGGACACGGUUACGGCGGCCGACGUGCAGCAACACGCGGAACUCGAGGGCAAGGAAGGCGAGCCCAAGGCCGUAGUUGCAAACGCCAUGAACGACACGGUCAGCAGAGAAUGCUUGCGGCACCCCGAGUUCAAGGACAAGGUCAAGCUGGGCCGCAUACGGGACCACUUUAUCUUCCGUGUGGAGAGCACGGGCCAGUGGGAGAGCGACGAGCUAUUCUUGGAGAGCAUCAAGCUGCUCAAAAUCAAGUGCCAGAGGAUCAAGCGGGGAUUGGAAGAAAUGAACAAAUAAGAGACGGUGUCGUGCGACGAAUCGGGUGCAAGCAUGCAUUUUCAAAGGCGUUUCAUGGGCAUUCAUUGGUGGUGGUGGGUUCUCUUUUUUGUUUUUCUUGUGGCUCACAUGUCGAAAAGAAAAAAAAGUUUUACGAUAUCACGGAACAAUUUCUUCUCGUCAAUUAGAUCUACAGCUAAUGGCUUGGACGGCCGACACGCAACUUUUCUUCCUUGGAGUUACAAUCGGGUACAUCAUACAUUCG